UUGUUGAUAUUUCAUACAGAUACAGCUUUGAGUAUAUAUACCUACAUUGUACGCGGUUUAUCAUUUAUAUUCUGACUGGGAACGGUUUAUUUAUCCUUACAUUUGUGUGCGUGACUGUUAGGCUUGACGUUUAUUUUUAUUCAACCGUGACUUUUGUUUGAAAAAUCAAAAUUUGUAAUAGUAGAGAUGUGCUGAGCUUGUUUUUUUGGAAAUAAAUGCUUAAUGCUAAGCUGGGGUGAAAAUCAUCUUACUGCGACAUUUCUUCUACAUAAGCUUGUAUCAUCACAUACUAAAGCUUCAAUAUGUACCAGCCUAGUUUUUCACCUCACACAAUGGUGCACAUAGCGGGUAAUUAUCAAGUUAAUGGACAGUUUCUUUCUGUACAAAAUCAUGCACUCUACAGUCCAACUAAUAACGCACAUCAAGAGUAUGCUCAGUUUAAUCGCCAUACUUCAAACAAUAACAGACAGAGAAUGGUACAGCAUGGAGCGUAUCCAUAUGAACUUUUGCAUCGUUUCAAUGUACAAGUUCAAAAUACCAAUUAUGGUAUUCACACUGGUGGGGCUUCAGCAGUUUGGUCACAGCGGCUCAACUCUCCAAGUAGUGCACCCUCAACCCCACAAAGAAUGAACACACCCAAUGGUCCCUCUGUGACACCUGUACAUCAGCAAAGAGUAAACUACAAGCCAAUGAAUACAGGACCGUUUAAAAAGCACAAUUGGAAUGGCAAUAACAACAGCAACAACAACAAUAAUAAUAAACUUGGAAAGAGACAAUCUUGCCAAGAUUUAUCCUUGCUCCAAGAUUCAUCAUGUAAUAGCAGUGACAGUGGCUUGAGUUCUCGCUCACCAACACCUAAUAAACACUACAAAGGUGGUAGUCAAACAGAAAGUUCAGAUGAAAGGGAUUCAUUGAAUUCUACAUCAGAACCCAAGUACAAAAAUAAAAACCACUGUAGGCAAAAUAACUUGCAUCGAGGUAAUUUAGUAACAAGUUUAUCAACAGGGAAUUUGUAUCAAGAACAGAGACAAUCAAAUGAACACUCAGACAUGGCUGCCCGAACCUCGAUUCAAAAUCACCAUAAUAGAAGAAAAUAUCCUGCUGCCAGAACUAGUCCAACAACACCAGGUAGCAUACAGAGAGGGAAAAAAUUCACUGAAGCUAUAUUAGCAGAAACCAACGUUUGGCCCAAAUAUUACAACUGCUACAGUCCAGCAGACAGGUUUCUUAAUAAAUCACAUCUGAUACAAGUAAAACAAAGACCUAGUAACUUGCUAACUGGUUCUGCUUAUGAUAAGUUAUCAAAAGCUAUAUGGGAUAAGUUUGAGCAGAAUCAGCUGACACAAAGUACUUUUUGUCACAAAAUGUAUUUAUGGAGGUACCUAUUUGGCUUUAUUAAGUCGAGGUUUCCUCAAUAUGGACUUUACAUGGUAGGAUCAACAUUAAAUGGAUUUGGUUCAAAUGUUAGUGACGUUGAUAUGUGCCUUCACGUUAGAGAUACAUCUAAUGUAGAUCAAAGAGGUGAAGCUAUUUAUCGUUUAGAACAAAUAAUGAUGUGUCUUAGAAGGAGUGGUAAGCCUUAUGUUCGAGAGUUAGAACUAAUACAGGCCAAAGUUCCGAUCCUUAAAAUACAUGACAGUGUUUAUAAUUUAGAUGUCGAUUUAAACUACAAUAAUGUGGUUGGCAUUCGGAACACUCACUUAUUGUACUGUUAUUCUCGAAUUGACUGGAGAGUACGACCAUUGGUUCUUGUGGUUAAAAUGUGGGCACAAUGUCAGAAUAUCAACAAUGCAAGGCAUAUGACGAUGUCUAGUUAUUCUUUGGUUCUGAUGGUGAUUCACUUCUUGCAAUGUGGAGUGACUCCAGCUGUGCUGCCAUGCUUGCAUAAUCUUUUCAAAGGAAAGUUUCAUCCUUUUUCAGAUAUUCAUAGCAUUGAUAUUCAUGAAGAAUUGAACAUUCCAAAUGGUGCAUUACACCCACGUAACACUCAAACGCUUGGAGAGCUUUUAAUAGAGUUUUUCAAAUAUUAUAACACAUUCGAUUAUGAGCAUUAUGCAAUAUCAGUACGUGUGGCUGAUAAGAUUCCAAUUGAAACAUGUAGAUAUGUUAGGUCUUUCAAGAAUGAUCCCCAUCAGUGGAAGUAUUUAUGCAUUGAAGAACCAUUCGACUUUACUAAUACAGCGAGAUCUGUUUACGAUCCAAAUGCUUUUCAAAUGAUAAAGGAAAUCUUUAAACAGACGUAUCAUCGAUUGAAAAAAACUAACAAUUUGAACAGUAUUUUCACCAAAUUCAACACGAUUUACGAUGAGCUGUAUUUGAAUCACAUGAAAGCAGUAACAGAUGUUGCAUCGUGAAUCAAUGUAAAGCAUUAGUGUACGAGAUUGAGAAUGAGAAGAAUUUUCUUCCAAGCAAUUAUUGAAUAUUGAAGAGGUACACUCACGAAAAAAUCAAACCCUGAUAUUGUUUGUAUCAUUUUAUGGGACCAAUGAUAUUUUCGUUAUUCGAAAAGUUAAUUUUACUGCGCUGUAUUUCCUGUUGAUGAACUUGAUCGCGAAAAAUGAUUAUUUUGUGUGAAUGAAAGUGUGUGAGUGUCAAACUAUAAAAGUACGAAUUGUAAAUAGGUCGAAAUAUACUUACUUUUUUAUAUACAAGUUUAUGCGUAUAAUGUGCAAUAGGCAUAGAUUAGGUUUUGCUCAAGAGCCGUUAGCUAUUGACGGACAACGACAAAUAUCAAAACUAGGUUUAUUUAAAAUAUCAAGGUCUGCCUGUGAUGCUAAAAAAAGUUAAAAUAAACAUGCGAAAAAAAUAUGAUCAAUCGAGCUUAAUGUUGCGUAAAACUCGAUAAAAAAUAAAAUGAAAGCACUAAAAAAUUAUUGGUAUUUAGUCUAUACAAUAUUUUUAAUGAAAACAGGCAAAAGUAAUUACAUAAACUCAAAGAACACGGGAGACUCUGUGCAAGUGUUUCGACAUUUAACUAACAUUUAACAAAAUGUAUGGUUAGAUGUAUAUGUAAAUACGAAAAAAAACUAUUCGUUUGAUAAGUAUUCUCAUAAAAAAUCAUAACCAUUUGAAAAAAAUUUAAAAAAAAGUUUAAAAACAAUUAUUUUGUAAACAAUACUUAAAAUUAAUGAAAAAAAAAGAUUAAAAAAAAGAAUUUAGAAAUCUAAGUAAUUUUUGUAAAAACAUCAAAAGUUAAAAAAUUAGGGCUUGAAUUACAAUUAACGCAGCACUAAGCAUAAAAAAAAUCGUAGAUCAACAAUUAAAUUAAACUUACCUUAGUAUUUCAACGUUUUUGUAAAAAAUCAGAAUCAUGAAAAUCUUCUUAAACGCUCCGAGACUUUAGGAUUUUACUUAAAAAAUAUACAUUAAAUAUACGAACAUUUUCACUACAGUCCUACGAUUUUGCAAUUAUAAAAUUUUCCGGCGAUGUUCACGAUCGUAAAACAUCAUUGUGUAUUUAGUUUCAACAAAAUUACUUGAAAAAACAGUUUAUAUUUUGAUAAGCAUUUUUUCCAUCAAUAUUGAUAUGUUUGUACAGUUAAGUUUUUUUAGUACUUUGUUGAAUCUAAUUAUUAUAAUAUCGACAGUUAACUGUUAUGAUUGAAUUAUUGAAAAUCAAAUUACUAAAUCCGUUGAUUUCUUUAAUUUAUACGUUUAUUAAUAAUAUACAAUUGUAAUUUUUUAUUAAUUAUUUUACCGAUUUGCAACACAAUCAUUAAUUCAUGAAUUUAAUAAUUUAAAACAUUUAUUCUAGGGAUUCAAUCAAUUCACGUACCCUAAUCAUUACCGUACAUAUUAUACAGACAAUAAUAUAAUUAUAACGAUUUUCAAUAAUUCAAUGCAAGAUAUUUUGGCCUAACUAAAAAUAUCAACCUCACCAGCUUUGUAUAAGGCCAUUCUCUCAAUUACAACUAGAGAGAAAAGAAGUCAUCUGUAAACUCGG